GUGAUCUCGGGGUCACAUGACUCUCCGGUCAACAGCCAACAUGGCGGACGCCGAGGCUGUGAAAGCGCUGAGCGGUUUACUGAAUGGAAUCGCGCAGAGGGUUUAUUACGGGAACUCGGAGAUCACGGAGGAGCUGCUGAAGGAUGAGCUUUACCCCGGGGUGCCUCAGGAGGAGUUCCGGGCUCUGUACGACAAAAUGAGGGGCCUCUUAAAGUCUGUAGCUGUGGCGGAUAUGGACCAGGCUCAGCUGGAGGCGUUUCUGACCGCUCAGACGCGUAAGCACGGCGGCGGCGGUAUGACCUCGGAGCAGGCGGCGGCUCUGGCGCGUUUCUGGAAGGGGCACCGCGCCCGGGUGCGAGAGAGCCUGCUGGCACAGAGCCGCUGGGAGCCUGCGCUCAGGGGGUUGAGCUGGAGGGUGGACCUGCAGACCGCCACCAGCAGGGGGCAGACGUCCAACAGCCCUGUGGCUCUGGUGGAGCUCGAGCUGGGACGGAACGGCCAGGAGUCAGAGUUUGUGUGCUUGGAGUUUGAUGAACUGAAGAUUAACCAUGUGCUAAAGAAGAUGGCUGAAAUUCAAGAAAGCAUUGACAGUGUGGUGCACCACAGCUAGAGAGAGCGAGAGAGAGAGAGAGAAAAUGUGGGCAUGCGCGUGUGUCUUUGUGCACUUUGGCUUCAGUGAUUACCACAUUGUUGUUUCAUACUGAACUUCCUCAUGAAAAUGCAUUUAUGGCCUUUGUAAAAAUUCCUACUUUAUAUUUAUAUCAUGUCCAACAGGUCUGUGAUUCCUACCAGCAAUCAUGUUUAUUUAAUCUGAUGUCACUGGUAGAAAAAUGGUUUUUUUUUGCAAGUUACUCAUGGAAGAACAUUUGGUAACAUGUAGUAGUCAAGAAAGGUAGUGCUGCAACUUCUCCACCGUGAGGAUACACUGUGCCGCCUCAGAUGUUCCAGCUGUUCCUCAGAGACGCUCUGCAGUGGACACAUCUGUUUCUCAUGGCAGCUUGUUCCAUUAACCGUCUCAGAUAUCUCCUGCACAGCUUCUGUGUGUCUGGGGCCAUUUAAAUGUUUUUGUAUUAUUAUUAUUAUUAUUAUUAUUAGACAUCUAGUUGAAUCAAAUAGGCAUUUAUUAAAAAGCAGGCAGUUGCUGUGAUAUAAAUAUUUAAUGUCAGCAGGGGCCAUGAACAAACAGGCAAAAGGCCACAGCUUCCAAAAACAUAAACUCCAUCAAUUAUUUAACAGGAGUGUUGCUUCAGUGAAUGGACGGUCAGGCUCCAGUAACAAAGGCCUUACAGUGUGCUCACUAUCAUGUCCGAGUACUUUACUGCUCUGUUCAUGCUCUAUUUGUGAAAUUUUGAUGCUAAUGGUGGACGUUACAGAAAUGUACUGAUGAAAUAGAUAUACAAAAUAAACAUGCAUUAAAAGGAACUACUUUUAUCAUUAUCUAACGGUGACCUUUGUAACAGCCGUUGUUUUGUGAUGAACAAUGUGUUUGAAUUGAAAAAAACCCUGUAAAAUAAAGUGUUAAAUAAUGUUUGGAAAAAUG